AUCACCAACAUCAACGGUAGAGUCGCAACCACAGCAACAGCAAUCUAAUUGUCCGGCACCUACGAGCGCAUCUUCACAAUGAGCGGCCCCAUCCACAUCGGAUCUGACGGCGAGUGGCAGUCGCUGCUCUCGGGAACCACCGUCGUCAUCGCAGAUUUCUACGCCGAUUGGUGCGGUCCUUGCAAGAUGAUUGCGCCUCACUUCGAGCGCCUCGCCAAGGAGCACUCGCGCCCGAAAAAGGUGGCCUUUGCCAAGGUCAAUGUCGACAACCAGGCCAACAUCGCGCGCACGAAUGGCGUCACUGCCAUGCCCACAUUCGUCGUCUUCCACAACGGCACGACCGUCGAGACCAUCCGCGGCGCCAACCCGACGGCCCUGACUGAAGCUAUCACAAAGGCCGUCUCGCUCAGCAACGGUGGCAAGGCCGAAGACGUAUUCAAGACUCCCGGCAGAACAUUGGGCGGCGAUGGCUCCGUCCCCGGCCAGGGCCGUCACUGGAGCGUGACCUUGUUGAUCAACAUCAUCAUGAUGUUUGUCGGGCUGUACCUCGCGUCCUUAUUUUCGAUUGAUUCGUACAAGGCGGCGGAACAGUCCAUGUUCAACCCGAAGAGACAGCAGCCACCGUUGAAGCCGGCAUCGGCUGCAGGGCCGGCACCAGCAGGCAGCGCUCGGGCGCAACAACAAAGCACUGCUCUUCAGGAGCCAACAGGUGGAUCAAGGAGUCAAUCUGUGGAGGAUAUUGAAAAGGUUGUUCGAGAAGCAAAGCAGCGCUUUCGAGACACCCUCCCAAAGGGAUAUCUCAACGAAGAGGAGUAUGCGCUCUACGAACGGCUCUAUGGCCCACCACUUCGAGAGACUGCUCCAGAAGAUGUCGGAAUUCCAACUCAUGCUGAUAUGGGAGGCCAAUCGACGCGGGUAAAUGAUGAAAGGACGUUACUGCGACAAUUGGAGGAAGGGGGGUUUGAGGAAGUGACCUACAGAAUCCCCUACCAGGAGAGCGGUGUUGCAGAGGCAUCUUCAGGGUCUGAACAGCCCUUGGCGUCGGAUUCUGCACUAGAAGCUAUUGAAGAGUCACCAGGAUACGUUGAUGCUGUGGCAAGAAACCCAAGAGAGCAUGAGGCAUUGCAAAGAUUAAUGCAAGACUUCAAGGCCGCGCAAAAGAAGCAACUCGAAGAUGAGAUUGCAGCGGCGAGGGAGGAAGCCGAGGCAGAGCAGGAGGCAUAUGAAAUGGAUGAAGAAGAUGAUUUCUUUGAAGAGUCGGAAGAAACCACGGCUGAGCUAGGAAGGGAUAUGAGCCUUGGCGAGACGCGACGAUUCCAUCCCUUUACUCUACAAGGCAGAUUCCAUGGAAGUCCAGUCGAAAUUUCACUACCCCAAAGCGGACUGGUCACGCCUAUUCGGGACCUUUUGGAUCGAACUCAUUUGAGUCACGUCAAGGCGGCUGCCGAAGCAGCAUUUGGUGGGCAGGGUUUGCCAACUUCUCCAUCAACACCAGAAGGAAGAAAGAAUGGGCAGAUGGGCGGCGUCGGCUUACCCCCUGAUCAGCGACACAUGACGGAAAUUGAGGCAGAUGCAUUCCUCGCUGGCUAUCUUCCACCUGCUUAUGCCUCUGUCACGUCGGUUUUGCGAGAAGUGCGGAAGCGGCUAGGCAGCGACUGGAUUCAACAGCGGCUUAAGAAGAAGGAAAACGCAGGGCUCAGUGUACUAGAUGCCGGAGCCGGCGGUGCUGGUCUUGUCGCCUGGGAGCAGAUACUCAAUACCGAGUGGGAUCUCUUAAGAGAAAAGGGUGAGGUAACCGGCUCGCAACCCCCUGGGAGAAAAACUGUCAUCACUGGAUCGGAUCGUCUGCGUCACCGGCUGAAAAGCUUCCUACACAAUACUACCUUCUUGCCUCGACUGCCGGAUUAUGAGCAUUCUGGAGAGAUGCAAGGCGAGCACCUCGAUGCCGGCAAUAAACCACAACCGCGGAAAAGUUAUGAUCUCAUCAUCGCUUCUCAUCUCUUCCUCAAGGAGAAGCAGGAUCAUUACCGUCAAGCUAUCUUGAACAACUUAUGGACUCUUCUCAACAAGGAUGGCGGAGUACUCAUUGUUAUUGAAAAGGCCCAUCCCCGAGGAUUUGAAGCAGUCGCUCAUGUCAGAGAUACACUUCUAAAGCAAUUUCUCCUGCCACAGAACGGCGAGCCCAGUAUCCCGACGGAAGAGUUGAACCCAGCAUUCCACAAGGAGCGGGAAGCUGGUCACAUUAUUGCGCCGUGCACUAACCAUGGCACAUGUCCCAUGUACAAAGAAGCCGGGAAGAGCAAGGGCAGAAAAGAUUAUUGCUAUUUCAAUCAGCGGUUUACACGGCCCACCUUUUACACCAAGAUGUUGGGCAACAGUUCGAACAACCAAGGCGAUGUCGAAUUCAGUUAUGUGGCGAUACAGCGUGGCUGCUCAAAGACAGACCAGCUCCCAGGAUGGAAGGCCACUGAACUAGCAUUUGCCGGAUACAAAAACUCCAAGGAGAGUCCAGAUAUGCAAACCUUGCCCAGAAUGGUCCUGCCACCAUUGAAACGCAAGGGCCACGUCACUCUGGAUGUCUGCACGCCGGAAGGCAAGAUUGAGCGAUGGACGGUGCCCAAGAGCUUCAGCAAGCUCGCCUACCACGACGCAAGAAAAUCACACUGGGGCGAUCUCUGGGCCCUGGGUGCCAAGACCAAAGUUUCUCGAAGCGUUCGAGUCGGUAGCGGAGUAGACGAUGGGGGCAAGCGAGCUGAAGGAGGAAAGAAGCCUCGCAAGGUCGAGAUUACAAUGGAUGGAGGCCGUCUAUCAGCGAACGAGAAGAAUGCACGAAAGGAACGCCGGACCAAGGGCAAGCGAGAGAGGCAAACGGACCUGAUUAAGGAGAUUUUGGAGGCAGAAGACCUGGAAGAGCAGGAGAUUGAGAGAGAGAUGGAUACAGAGGUAGAGGAGGAGUUGAAGCUGGAAGAGGAAGAGAAGCAGAGGAGGAGGCGGCGAUGA